AUGCUUCUUUUUCCCCCAUCUUCAAUCCAAGAACCACUUCGUGAUAGUACUAAUGGCAAAUGCCUCGAUCGUUCAGCCGGAAGCUGGACAUCGACUUCGAGGAAAUCUUGUCACCUUACAGACCUAGCAAUCUCGGAAGUCGGCUCGUCUGACACAUCGAUAUACAAUGCAUCAAAAGCGCCCUCACACGCAUCAGAUGUUGCUUCGGAUCCGGAUCACCAACAUUCUUCCAACAACGCGUCUGCUACCGAUCAUGAAAUCCAACCCCUUCACGUGCGAGCAAAGAGUGAAGGAAGUGCUCAGCAUGACACGGUCCGGUUCGUCAACCGCCCGAACGGCACACCUCUCUUCACCAUUGCCGAGCAGAUGUCUCUUGCCACCCUUCGGACACAGAUAUCUUUCGCUUCUUUCAGGAGGAAAGGGUCCGCUACUCUGAUCGCCACUUCUUCCGGAAAGCUCAAGGCCGCAAGCGUCGAUGACACGGUACUUUACAUGUCUAGACACGGUCUCUCUCGGAAUACUCAAGCAUCUUCGAGUCUAGACAUUCCAAGCUCGGGGGAAGACCCAGUGCAGCCUUUGCAACCACCGUUCGUGCCACCUCAUCGCGUGAAGACCCCCGAUGGUGUACCGCACUGGCCCCUGACCGCCCGUGUAUCUUUCGCACGAAGGAUGGCAAGGACUCUGAGCUCCGCGACGUCACUGUCUCCAAGAGAAGGUGCACUUCUGAUCUUCAGAGCUGUGACUGGGGAGGUCCGAUCACGCCGUAGGCCUCAGCCUUCAGCCUGGCGUCCACCUGUCAGUGGGCAUUCGACAUAUCGUUACGACCAACCUUCUCGGCAUCCACUCAAUAGUGUACGCCUCGCGGAAGUCACACGAGAUGAAGAUGAUAGACCAGAUGAGACACAAGCUCAGAUGAUUCCGGAACCAACUCUCAUGGAACGGCAAUCUUUGGACAGAAGGUGUCGUUCAAAGUCGGCUAACGCCUCCCACGCUCAAAGAGCUCUGGGCGCCAUCGAUGGGAAUGCCAUUCCUAUAAACCCUGCUCGAGCCAUCAGGGCUCGUUCGGUCUCGGUGCCUCAACGAUUGACGAACACAGUACAACCGGGUCAAAGCACAACAGCGUAUCACUCUGAUACACUGCGAACAAUUGACAUGAUUGGGAGUUUUCCAUCGCCGCCAUCAAGACCGCCGUCGAAGAGAAGGGACAGAUUACAAUGUUUUGCGCCCGUACCACAGAGAGCUCCACUAGGCAUCCAACGACGACAUCUCGGGUCCGCAACAGGCAAAUAA